AUGGCCGAGACAUCGAAUAGGCCAAAUAGCACCGUCUACGUUGGCGGGCUGGACACGACGCUCGUUACGGCUGCUACACUUUCCGAAGCAUUUAUUCCUUUUGGCGAAAUAGUCGACAUCACGCUGCCGAAACCAGAGGCCCCGUCAUCCAAGGACUUGCACCGUGGCUUUGGCUAUGUCGAGUUCGAAGAAGCAGCGGAUGCCAAAGAAGCCAUCGACAACAUGGACCAGAGCGAACUUUAUGGGCGAGUUAUCAAGGUGGCAUUGGCGAAACCUGACCGGAAGGAAACUGGAGACGCUGGCCUGGGAAGCACUACAGCCAUCUGGGAGCAGGAAGGGUAUCUUGCCAAAUAUGCCAGUGCCGCCAAUGAAGACAGGGAGGCUGUCGAGCAGUCCAGAAACGAACGUCCCGAGGAUCCCAUGCAGGGACUCGAAGGACUUGAUGUGGCAGGUCCAAAACCUGAGUGA